CGGGCACAUCUAGACCAUUCCAGUUGAGUGCGGCAUUGGAAGAUUACAUCUUGAUCCGAGGACAGGACACAGGGAUAAGGAGAUGGGGAAGCAAAACAGCAAGCUCCGCCCAGAGAUGCUACAAGACCUGCGGGAAAAUACAGAGUUCUCCGAUCAUGAGUUACAGGAGUGGUAUAAAGGUUUUCUAAAGGACUGUCCAUCUGGCAUUCUAAAUGUCGAAGAGUUCAAGAAGAUCUACGCCAAUUUUUUCCCAUAUGGAGAUGCCUCCAAGUUUGCCGAGCACGUGUUUCGUACAUUCGAUACCAACGGUGAUGGGACCAUAGAUUUCCGGGAGUUUAUCAUUGCUUUGAGCGUCACCUCCAGGGGGAAGUUAGAGCAGAAACUAAAGUGGGCGUUCAGCAUGUACGAUCUAGACGGGAACGGCUACAUCAGCCGGGAUGAGAUGCUGGAGAUCGUACAGGCAAUUUAUAAAAUGGUUUCCUCUGUAAUGAAGAUGCCAGAGGACGAGUCCACGCCAGAGAAACGCACAGAGAAAAUCUUCCGACAGAUGGACACAAAUAAUGAUGGUAAAUUAUCGCUGGAGGAGUUCAUUAAAGGUGCCAAAAGUGACCCAUCAAUUGUGCGGUUACUGCAAUGUGACCCCAGCACGGCAUCGCAGUUCUGAAGCUGGCUGCAGCCUGGGAACCAUCCGAUUCAUCUAGUGGCUGUGCCUCGCCUCUGCACAGCGGCCUGUCCCAGAAUCCUUUUGGGCAUUAGAUGGACUUGAAAGCACUGCCAAUCAAUCAGCCCACUUCCUACCCCCUAUUUAUUUCUUACUAUAAAACUUGUAUUAUGUUUAUUGUAUGGAGUAACCAUGGGUUGCAUGGAGAUUUGGGGCACAAGGGUGGGGUGGGCAUAAUAAAGUGUCUAAAGGGACCAGAUGCACAUUGGAAUAGUGAGAGAUGCUACUUAAUAGCAUAAGGAGCCACCAGCUGCUUUGCUUUCAUAUAUACUGUAUGGCAGUGAGUCAAGGUGGUCUUUACUACAGUGAGCAAAGGUGGAACUGGUUGCACUAAAGCAGGGAGUAACUAUGCACGCUAUAUUUCAUUUAUUUAUUAGGGGAAGAGAGGGAUGGUUUUAGAUUAUUAUAUUGUUUAGAUAUGCACUUUCCCUUUGUACCCUUGCUCCUUCAUCUCAUUAGAGGGAACCCGUUUGACCUAGUGUCCUUCUGUUCUGGGUAGAGGAUCUGCAUAUAGAUAGACCCUACUUUUAUUUUUGGUAUAACGGAAUCGGCUCUUUUAUACUUUGAGUAUAAAGUGACAUACUUUAACAUCCACGCAUACACUGCCAGUUAUAUUAUUGGCAUGUAUAUUUUGUGUGCAUCUUUACAGCAAUAGAUUCUAAUGACUAAAACAUUUGAAGAUACCUAGCUGCACUAAAAGUUGCUUCUAUAGGAAAGAGUCUUUUUUAAUAGCGUUGAUGUCUUUUUAUUAUACUAACAGCCUGUCACUCAAAACAAAGUAAUGGUACAUAAAGAGAUACCAUAGGAUCAGGUGUAUGUGGAUUCUCUAAUGGUUUAAAUGAGUGCUUCCAUGUCGCUGUAUAAUGUUAGACACUUAGGAACAUGGGAAAGCUCCCAUGCCUGUAAAACACUUUUUUUAGGUGGUGAUUCAUUAGACUUGCCAUUUGACUGUUCUGUCUUACAUGAUCAUUAAUGUACUUUUCAGGCAUUGAUGAUUAGGUAUGAUAUAGUUGGCUCAUGUUUGAACUGUUUGUAAUGUCCCCUGCAGGUGUUGGUGCAGCAUCCACAACAUACUAG